UUAUAAACCUGCACCUCCGUCUGCAUGUUCAGUGUGAGCCUUCAACAUGACGACUGCACGGUUCUUCUUUGGGGCUUCCCUCUGGGCUCUGCUGAUUGUGGACAUGUGCUGUGGCCCUGUCAAGAAAGGCUUUAAUCCCGGUGCGUCCUUUAGCGGCAGUUCUAUGUAUCCAAGAUCAGGCUCUAACCAGGGAGCGCCUUCCAGCCAGUAUUCACCUGGACUCAUGCCUGAGGGUGCUUAUCCUGAGGCGCCUGAGCUGGCUGCAUCUGCUGGCGCUGGUUCUUCUUCCAGACCUGUUAAGUCCAGGGGCAGUGCAGCGAGGCAGGGUCCUGCAGGCCCAGCACAGUCAGGAGCUGGAUUUCAAUCUGGCUCAAAAGAGAGCAAGUGGCUCAUUGCACCUCCUAUCCUCAGAGAUGAGGAAACACCAGAGAUUGCAUCAGCAGUGAAGGUAGUAUCCCUCUUCCACCGGUGUACCAGAGCAGGGGAGCUGUCCAUUCACGAAAGGAACCUUGAGGGUGGCGAGAGUCACGACCGCGAGACUGCAGAACAAGACCCUGCCACCACCUCCUCGUUCUCCUCUGGCUGCGGAUCUGCAGAGAGCUCGUCCAGCCCCACCUCGACCAGACUCUGGCCCUGCUGGACUCUGCAGCGCGUUUAUCCUUACUACGACUACAUGUUCUGA